AUGGAUUCUGUAAAGGGGAAAGGGAAGAAAUCUGUGAUGCUCAAGGCAUGGGAGAGAUGGCAAUCCAUAUGUCCCAGAGCCAAGAAAUCAAUAUUACUGAUCAUCCCAUUUAGCCCUUCAAAAACAUCAGAAGUUGGUAAGCCUAAAAAAAAGUCCCCAAUGCCUCCCAAAGGCUACUUCCCAGUCUAUGUCGGAGCCCAGAAACAACGGUUCGUGAUCAAGACCCAGCUCGCCAAGCACCCACUAUUCAAGACGCUGCUAGAGGAAGCUGAAUUGGAAUAUGGGUACAGUAAUGGAGGCCCUGUGUUGCUUCCAUGCGAUGUUGAUACCUUCUACGAAGUGUUGGUACAAAUGGAGAGUGGUGGGGCUCAAGAGAGUAGUUCCCGUGGCGGCACGUUUAGCUUCCUGAGCCCAUCUCCUCGUCCGGGCUGCGGCGAAAUGGCCGAGGGUUAUGGCCACUACAGCCUGCUCAGUCCAUCUCGGAUGGUUAGGUGA